AUGCACGUCCUGGCCCCCCUCAUUCUGCUUGUGACGUCUGUCGCCGCCUUGCAAAGCCCACACCGAAAGAACAAGGUUGCGGCCCAUGCCAUCGCAACUUCCAGUCGCAAGAGGAGCGCUCCCAAGGCUGAGACCAAUUUUCAAUUCCGAAACAACGUGACUGAGAAGUUUUUCGUUGAUGGAACAAAUUUCCCCAAUGUCACCUUUGACAUUGGCGAAAGCUACGCUGGUCUCCUCCCCAAUACGCCGCACGGCAACUCCAGCUUGUUCUUCUGGUUCUUUCCGUCGACAAAUUCAAAGGCCAAGAAAGAGAUCACAAUUUGGUUGAAUGGUGGACCAGGCUGUAGCUCUUUGGCUGGGCUGCUUCAAGAAAAUGGACCGUUCCUGUGGCAGCCAGGCACAUACGAGCCCUUCGAGAAUCUGUUCGCUUGGAACAAGUUGACGAAUAUGGUCUACAUUGACCAGCCUGCUGGCACAGGAUACUCACCUGGUCCAUCCACUGUGGAGAAUGAGUACGAUGUUUCCAACCAAUUUAACGACUUUUGGCGGAGAUUCAUCGAUACCUUUCAUAUGCAAGGAUACAAGAUAUACAUCACAGGCGAGAGCUACGCCGGGCAGUAUAUCCCGUACAUUGCCUCCGGCAUGUUAGAUCAGGAAGAUCGGGAACAUUUCAACCUCAAGGGCAUUCAGCUCAUCGAUCCAUCAAUCAACGAGGAUAACGUGAUGAUAUACGCUCCCGCAGUUCCGGCCCUCAACUACUUCUCUCCCGUGUUCAAUCUGAACGAGACUUUUAUGAAGCAUAUCAACGAGCGUGCACACAAAUGCGGAUAUAAUAAGUUCCUCGAUGAGGCGCUCACAUAUCCGCCCCCCAAGAACUUCCCCACUGCGCCUGACCCCACUCGUGAAGGAUGCGACGUCUGGGAUCAAGUGGUUGUGGCAGCCACCUUUGUCAAUCCCUGCUUCAAUUUCUAUCACCUCACGGAUGUUUGUCCUUUCCAGUGGAAUGUCAUGGGCUUCCCGUCUCUGGCUGGGGGUCCGAACAACUACUUCAACCGAUCAGAUGUUCAAAAGGCUCUCCAUGUUGGGCCCACUAACUAUGCUAUUUGCGGGGGUCCAAUCUUCCAUCAUGGAGACGAAUCAGUCCCUAGUGCGCUUGGACCACUUCCCAGUGUGAUUGAACGCACGAAUAACGUCCUCAUUGCUCAUGCUUGGGGAGACUAUCUCCUCUUCUUGAACGGAACGUUGGCCACGAUCCAGAAUAUGACAUGGAACGGGGCUCAAGGCUUCCAGAAGCCCCCAGUGGAAGAUCUCUUUGUGCCAUACACGGAUUCGGUCUCUGCGAUUGCAAAUGGCAACCCACAAAUCCCCUUCACGGCAGAUGGUGGCGCCGGUAUUCUGGGUACAGCUCACACCGAGCGUGGGCUGACUUUCAGUAGUGUCUUUGGAUCAGGACACGCCAGACAAGCCGGUGUCCCAGUGGUUCAUGAAAUGGAGCUGUCACUACCCCUGCCUAACCAAUCAAUAUAUUUGACGGCAAUUCCACAGUCGCUGGGUGCGAUUGAGAGCGAGCGUCUGCAACUUCGACCCAUCUGUGCUGACGAUGCUGCUGCAAUCCUGGCUAUUCGCUCGAGGCCCGAGGUCGCGAAGAAUAACGACCCAAAAGAACCUUUCAAAUCUUUAGAUGAGGUGUACGAAUGGAUGGCCAGCAAAGUUUUUGAUGGGGGCCCUCCAGGAAUCACUGGACUCUCAUUUACUUUGGCCAUCCUCGACAAAUCAAUCUCGCAGCCGGAAAAGCAGGUGAUCGGGUACGUGGGGGUGAAUACACUGACACCAUGCCCGAUGCUUGGGUAUUCGUUGCUCCCAGAAGCAUGGGGCAAAGGAUAUGCGACAGAAGCAUUGCGUCUUUUACUCGAGAAAUGGUGGGAUCUACCUCGGCGCGAGAGCACUGGGAAGGGAGAUGACCCUGAGAGAAUUUUUGCCAUUUGUGAAAAGGCUAAUCUCGGGAGCUCGGGAGUCCUUCGCAAAUGUGGAUUUCAGCUUGUUGCCGAGGGGUAUUUCGAGUCGGAUGAAUUGCAAUUAUGGGGUCUUGCGCAGCCCACCUCGGCGUAA